AUGGUUCUGUGGGAGAUCACGGUGGCAACGGCGUACUUCCUGGGGCUGAAGAGGACGUACCGGCUGGCCCUGAAGCUGCAGCGGCGGGUGGUCAGCACCCGGCACCCUAGGCUCCGCGGCUUCCUUCACAGGUAGGAACGUCCCUCCGAUGACGCCACCCCUUCGCCGGAACCCUAGGCAUCCGGACCUUCCUCAUCGUUGCACAUCGCCGUCCCCGUCGGUUUUUCUUCCCUGAGUGCUUUUCGUAGUGCGCUUAUGGAAAUAUGAACUUGAGAUUCGAUUGCAUGAAUGCCGAAUGUGGCGAAUUCCAUCUGGUUGUUGGAAGAGAUCGUCGGUCCUGUUAUCGGCGCCGGAUUAGCGACAGUGUUUAGGUUGAUUGCCGAUUGCGGAUUCAGCGAACUGGGAAUUUGGGUAUCUGAGGUGAUUGGUGAUCGAUUCAUGGUGGUGCUUCUCGUUUAUAUUGCGGUUGUUUCUUCUUCCAUUGCUGCUGCUGCUGCCGCAUUAUUUUUUGUGUUCAUUUCCUUUACUUUCUCUCUUGGACCUUGAGAAACUUUUAUUCACCUUCAAAGACCAAGAUACUCGCAAACAAGUUGCGUUGCCCGCCGGAUGAAUCAGUGUUUGACUAAAGUAGUUUUAGAUGGAAUGAUUUUUAAAAAAUAUUUAUAAGGAAAAUCCGAUAUUUUUUUCUCUGCAUGUAGAAUCAUUGAAAUAUAUCCAAGGAAGAAAAGUAAAACGCUGCAUCCAAAGAAGAGCACCCUCUCUGAACAGAAUAACAUUUGGACUGAACAGUCGUCCAGAAUUUGGUCACAGUUUAAUCAAUGCUCCAUAUAAUCAAAGAUCUGGCUGCCAUAAACGAGUCUGUGAAAAUAAGUCCAUCCAUAGGCGUGCAUUACUGGUGUUGAGAAUCUGCCCCCUCCAUCAUCAGCAUCUAGAUCCAUUAGAAAAUCUUAUGGCAUCCAGGGCAUCAAUAUUGGUCCAUUCUCUACCGGUCAAUCUCCCUUGUCCAAAAUCAUCUUCAGUUAUAAAAAAUGAUGAACGGAUCCUUGAUCUUAUUAACUUAAGGUUGAUGCCACUCAAUGUUUUUCACGGUAUAGCUAGUAGGAAUAAAUUCAAACACUUCCCAAAAUUGGUCUAGAGGGAAUAAUCAAAGCUCAGAAUGCGGAAACCAGGCUGAUUAGAGUGCAGCAAGCUUAGGUGCCUUUAUAGUGCAGAACCCCCUCAAUCUCAUAUUUUGGUUUUAUGCUGAAAUUUAUGAGGUCUUGUCAAAUCUUUGAAGCCCCUUGGCAGGCUGGAAACCUACCUUGCAGAUACAAUUUAGGUUCACCAUCAAGAUAUUAUACAUAUUUCAGAGCAGGUAAAAAUAUAUUAGAAUGGUAAAAAUAAAUUGCUAGCCUGGAACGUCAAAUAGUUCUUAGGUUCUUACCAAAGUGGUUGGUGACGUUGGUCAAAAUUCGUUGGACAGUCUCAAUAAUCAGUCUUUCUCAGGUUAACGAUGUUAUGCCCAUUAACUUUAAUUGAAAUAUCUGACUAUUCUUAGCUUACCUAACAUAUCCAAAAUAAGGGAUAAGGAACAGAACAGCACUUCUUUAACCAGAGACCAAGAGACUGUGAGGCAGAUCUGGUGAAGAGAAGGUAGGAGGUCUGAAUUCCUGGAGGUUGUUUGGCGAUUGACCUCUAGAGGUCCCUAUCCCUAUUUGACCCAGCAUGGGGGUUGACCGUCUCUGGAUGUGUUGUUGAUUAUGUUCAAAAAAUGUCUCUGUCAUGUGGAUUAUGAACAGUUUCGUCAAUCAUUUAAUAACAAAAAUAAACUUUUGCCAAUUCAAAAGUGCAUAAAUGGUUUUUUUCUGCAUGGCUAGAACGAAUUUUAUGGCAUGGUCGAAACUAUCAUCCGCCAUCAGAUUUCACCAGUGAAAAACUCUGAUCAAAUUCAAAGCUUUGUUCUGAAACAACAAAAUGGUGACCGACAGCAGAGCAGGAUCUAUCUGGGCAGCUCACCUCUCCUAUUGGAAAGAACACUCAGCUGACUUUUUCUCUCCAUUGAAACUGCCUGGUUUGUGUGUAUAUAUGCAUAUGAACAUUAAAAUAUUAAUAGAGAUUCUUUUCUAUACUGCAGAAGAGUCUUCGUGUCAUUCUCUCUCUCUCUCUCUCUCUCUCUCUCUCUCUCUCUCUCUCUCUCUCUCUCUCUCUCUCUCUCUCUCUCUCUCUCUCUCUCUUUCUCUCUCUCUCAUUCACACAAUUCUCUGGUUCUCCCUCAACUUUUAUGCCUCUGUUCACCUGAUUUCGUUGUUAUGGUGCAGGCGGACACGUGUUGCAUUCGACAUCGCCCUAACUGUUCACAGAAAGAUCCAGGAGAGGGACAUUGAACUCGGACGGAGCGUGGGGAACUCGAUCCUCCGCUGGCUUGACCACAUGAAGCCAUCAGCAGAGAUACGACUGCCAGCCGACAACCUGCCCCGGCGUGUGGCAAACUCCAUGGAGGCCGCUCGAGGCAAGGGACCAGUCAGCACUAAGCCUGCCCCACGUGACUCCCACCGCAGCCUGUUUACUGCACCAUGGCACCUGGCAUCUCGCUCCUUUCCCACCAUCUCUGUGAUGAUGCGCCUGCCAGCACCUGCGAGUGCAAGCUCCCAGCAUAGGCGCAUAUCCUUUCAUGAGCCUCAGAGAUUUGAGGGCGUGUUCAGGGAGGACAUCGCCCGGUGGAUGCAGGAGCCUCGAUGA